GACAAAGUGUGAAUAGUGAGUGAUGCGGUGGUUCUGGAACAGGGUCUGUGGAAUUCUGGGCGUCGCCGUUGAAAGAAUCAGGCAAUGGUGAUCACGUCGGAGCGUUUAGGAUGUAGUGCAAAGUGCAGACCUACUUAUCUGCUCUUCACACCACGUCGAAGGUAACAAAGUAGGGGAUGGCGAUGAAGUUAAGGUGUUGGUCCGUUACGUUCCUCGUAGAAUGAAAUGCAGACCUACUGUCAUCAACUCAAGGACGUUUCAAUGCUCAAAGAAGACGGAUAUUGAGAGAGUGCACCGCGGUUACACAGCUUCUCCCAAUUGUUGCACCGCAAGGCUGCCGGAGUUGGGUGUCAUCUGACAAGUUUUGCGAAUUGAUAGAGUGCUGCAGUAGUGUCCACGCCAUCAUGAUCAGAGCGAAGAAACUCCAUCUAUUCACCUCACGAAACAACACUCGUUCGUUAGUUCUUGUCUUCAGCACUAGGCUGCGAGGGGUUGGGUAGUGGGAGCCAUGCCCCAUUUCGCUGCUGCAGCCACUGUUAUUUGAUGGCGUGGACAUGAAUUGCGAUUCUGAGCUUUAGAUUUUACCACUGCUUAGAGUUAUGGUGACCGUGUCGAAGUUUCACCUCGACUAUAUGAAACGGACGGUGGUUUGUGCUACGAUAGCGAUCCUCGCUCUCGUGUUUGGCUUAGUAUUCUGCCGCUCUGUCAUUUUCCCAAAUGAAAUAUUUAUGGGACUAUCUGGACAAGAUGUUUUAGACGCAGGUGAACAAUCGGAUUUGGUUGCGGACUGCGAUGUCUGCGUUGCGAUAGUCAUGGGAGAUGAUGGCUCCAAUUCUCCCAGCGAGAAGAACCUCCCCUUCCCCCUUUUGUCCAGACUCUUUCUCACAGUCAAAAGGAUCACAAAACAGGCGGAGGGAGAUAAGGUUGUAUGCGUCGGAGUAGACUACUCCGACAUAGUCUGCAGAAUAGUGCGUGAUGAGCUUGGAGAAGACGCUAAUUGUUGGAAAUUCGAGGAGAUGCUGCAACGUGAAACUCCAGUGAUUUGCAAAGACAUGGUGAUAGGAAACACCAGCCAACACCAUCCCCAGCUAACCCCAUCGGGAAAUCUACAUGUCGGGAGCUUCAAAUGGCGCAAGAUGCACGUUGUGGAUUUUGAUGCAGCUGCUCUCGGCAGUCAUGCACCCGCCGUGGCAAGCAUUCGACCCACUAUCGUGACGGCGUUUAGUGCUAAUCAUUUGUCUGUUGGUAUGCUCCUGCUGCGAUCCAUUGGUAAAGCGGCCUUCAGCGCGUGGAAACGCAACCCCAGCUUCAAUGUCUCCGUUGUGGUUUGGACCAUGGAGGAGUUCAAGGGUAAGGACAGAGAUGAUUUCCGAUGUGUUUUAAGCGAAUUGGAAAACAAAUGGAAAUUGGAUGUAGAGGUGCGCAGGUUCAAGUUCUGGAUGUAUCCGAAGUGGAUGAGGAUCAACCAAGCUCAUGAUGGAAUGAACCAAUUUGGAACAGGAGAAUACGCUUGGAAGGUUGUCAUGAUUCACGCCGUUUUGUCGGAACGACGGUUGGUGCUCUGGCAAGACGGUGGAAACAGAUUCAGAAGCGCAGAGUCCCUGACUGAAACACUGGACUACAUUACCCGGAAUGGGUUUGCUUCGAGAACCAGCAGCGGUUGUAUCUCAGACUGGACGCGUUGGGAAGCGAUCCUCUACCUUCGUGCAACUGAGCUGAACAUGUCACAAAGGAACUGCGAUGCUUCAGCGGUUGGCUUCACUUUGCAAAAGUACGAGGAACUCGCACGCCCCUGGUAUGAAUGCGCAAUCACGAGGCAGUGCAUAGCCCCCGACGGAUCCAGCCGACUGAACCAUCGGCAGGACCAAGCCGCCCUGACAAUUCUCACGUACUUGUCUAACAACACUUGCACCGGCAUUCACCGCGACAUUGGUGUGCACAUGGACUACAACGUUAGCGACACCGAGGGUGCUGAUCCUACCUCUUGCUAUUCCGACCCCCGGCAGUCACGAUCACUGUAGCGGAAACUUCUGAAAUAUAUUUUGCGCGCGAAAUCAUAAUUGAUGCAUCGCAGGACCACAUUCUCUGACAUCCUUGUUAUAAAUCAGCGAACCACCCUCUCCGACUCUAAUACAGUCAUUUGUUAAAACGAAAAAGAAAGAGAACUCUGAACAGUAUUAGAAGGAUGAAUGGCCAACCAUAUCACUGUUGAACACUAAUGACCACUACUUUGUUUGUUUCUUCUAUCUUUUGGAUAUCUUUUACAUGGUACCAGAGUAAACAUGAGCGCUAAUGGAAGGCCAUGCAAGCAAGACCUUUCUCAUCUUC